AUGAAAUGGAAGCUCGGCGAAGAUUACCGCAAUUUCCAUCAUCACGUGCACUUUGAUGUCACAAAUCUAAAAGAUGAUUUCGAAAAUGACAGCUGUGUUACAUAUCAGCGUGCCGGCGAUACAAUUGUUGUCAGCCUGGGCUUUCUACAGAUCAAUCACCGCUAUACAAUCGACUUGAAAUUACCCUGCAACUUAUUUGGCGAUGUGAGCAGUACACAAUUUAAACCGGAUGUUUCAACAGUUCCUAAUCUACAUUGCCGGAUAACAGAAUUUUCUGGCGUCAAGCAUGAUGAACACGACUUCUAUGAAAUGAAAAUUGAAUUCUUCGCGUACAAGGAGAAAUUAAUGCGUGAAACACUGCACAUUGUCAAUUCCAAUGAUGACAAGGAGGUGCUGAAGUUGGUUAUUGCCGCCCGGGUACUGGGCAAGGGGAAGGGAACACCGAUGCUGCGUACUGGCAUACACUGCAUAGGUGUGGAGAAAGAUGAAGAAUCGGAGGCUUCUGAUUUUCCAGGUUUCAGCAAGGGUUCAUAAAUGCCAAAGUGUUGUGAUGACGAUGAAGGAGG